AUGAAGCCCAAAAUUUCAGACUUCGGAAUGGCAAGGAUUUUCGGGAUGAAUCAAACUGAAACAGAUACCAAGAGGAUUGUAAGUGGGAAGAAGAAUGCUGAUUUUAACUGUUUUGAACGUUCACAAACUCUUGCUGGAUGGGCAUGGGAACUAUGGAAAGAAGGUAGAGGGAUGGAGGUGCUUGAUGCAUCAGUGAGGGAAACAUGCUGCCCUCAUGAAGCUUUGAGGUGUAUACAUGUGGGGCUUUGUGUGUACAAGAAGAUUCAGAUGAUCGACCAGCAAUGCCUUCAGUCAUUCUAA